AUGCAGAUAAAACUUUCUGCACAGUGCACACAGUUGUUACCUGUAGCAGGUAAAACUGUGUCCCCCAAAAGCCCGACCCCGGACCUCCCGCAGGAGGCCAACGCGAGCGCCAACGCGUCGCUGCCGCUCGGGGGCCGGUGGUGGGAGUUGGGGCUACAGCCGCCGGGGGGCGCGGCGCCCGGGCGCCCCCCAGGCGGCGGGACAGAGCGCGCGGACCCCGAGGCCCUGGUGCUGACCCUCCUCAGCGUGGUGUACUGGGUGGUUUGCGCCCUGGGGCUGGUGGGCAACCUGCUGGUGCUCUACCUGAUGAAGAGGAAGCGGGGCUGGCGCAAGUCCUCCAUCAACCUCUUCGUCACCAACCUGGCGCUGACGGACUUGCAGUUCGUGCUCACCUUGCCCUUCUGGGCGGUGGAGAACGCGCUCGACUUCAGGUGGCCCUUCGGCAAGGCCAUGUGCAAGAUCGUGUCCCUGGUGACGUCCAUGAACAUGUACGCCAGCGUCUUCUUUCUCACCUCCAUGAGCGUGGCGCGCUACCGCUCGGUGGCCUCGGCUCUGGAGAGCCACCGGACCCGGGGACGCGGCCGCGGCCACCGCUGCGGCUUCUCGGCCAAGGCGCUGUGCGUGCUGAUCUGGGCCUCGGCCCUGCUGGCCUCGCUGCCCAGCGCCUUCUUCUCCACCACGGUCCCGGUGAUGGGCGAGGAGCUGUGCCUCGUGCGCUUCCCGGACAAGUUGCUGGGCGGCGACAGGCAGCUCUGGCUGGGCCUCUACAACUUGCAGAAGGUGCUGCUGGGCUUCCUGCUGCCGCUGGGCAUCAUCAGCCUGUGCUACCUGCUGCUGGUGCGCUUCAUCUCCGACCGCCGCCUGGCGGGCACCCAGGAAGGGGCCCCGGCGGCGGGGAGAGGCCCGGCGGCAGCCAGCGCCCGGCGACGGUCCAAGGUCACCAAGUCGGUGACCAUCGUGGUCCUGUGCUUCUUCCUGUGCUGGCUGCCCAACCAGGCGCUCACCACCUGGAGCAUCCUGAUCAAGUUCGACGUGGUGCCCUUCAGCCAAGAGUACUUCGUGUGCCAGGUGUACGCGUUCCCCGUGAGCGUGUGCUUGGCGCACUCCAACAGCUGCCUGGACCCCGUGCUCUACUGCCUGGCGCGCCGCGAGUUCCGCUCGGCGCUCAAGAGCCUGCUGUGGCGCAUCGCCGCGCCCUCGCUCACCAGCCUGCGCCCGCUCGCCGCCGGCGGUGGGAUGAUUGAGCGGGAGAGGGAGGAAGGCAGACUGGGGAAAGUGGAGUACUUUGACCUGUGA